AUGACCAAUCAUUCGAACGAUUUCACAGCAUCUUCCUUCCUGUUUCCUCGGCCACAACAGCAAGCGAUCAUGCUUCGACGGCUCUCAUCACUCAUUCAACAAUUGGCUCCGUCAACAACCGAACACUAUCCUCGCACGACAACUGCAGCCUCAUCAUCAGUAGGAGGAAACCGUCGGACACGAACUUCGUCUUCGUACAUGCCUCCCGAUUUUUAUUCAUCCCAAAAUGCAAACACGAUGCAAUAUCGUAAUUUUGUAAAUCGAAGACAACAAGCACUGAUGCCCAUAUACUUUGAUUCCAAUGAAGAUUUUAUUCGACGAGUAGCAAUGAAUUAUUAUUCCCAACACAAUUAUGAAAACUAUUGA